AUGGGGAAACUGAUCAGGAUGGGGGCGCAGGAGAGGCGGGUACUCCGGCCAAAGAGGCUUCAUUGGAGUCGCCUCCUCUUCCUAUUGGGAAUGUUCCUCAUUGGUUCCAUUUUCCAGCACCUGAAUAGCCCCUGGGGUCUCCCCCGACUGUGGGAAGCAGUCUCUUCCCAACACCCGGUAAAACUGGCCAUCCAGGACCUCUCCAAUGAUGAGAUGGUGAUGGUGAGUAGUGACCCUCCAGAAGCUAGCUCUAAAAUGGAGGGUGAGAUGCUGGUGCCUCAAGCCACGGUGGGCAGGUAUAAAGCAACGCCUGGCAUAACCAUGGAAAACACCCCCAGUUCACCAAGAAGAACAGCCAACAUCACUCCAACAAAACCCAAGAAUAAUUACAGCCCAACAGCGACAGGCACAGAAAGAGUGAAGGAAAGCACCCCAACCACACCCAGUAGAGUAUUGAAUCAUUACACCCUAACUUCAGGUAGACAAACAGUAAAGAAUUAUACCCCAACAACACCCAGGGGAGAAAUGAAGAGCUCCCACCCAACUCAAGUCAGCAAAAAGGUGAAGAAAUACACCCCAUCCCCACCUGGUAGAACAGUAGACAAUUAUGCUUCAUCCAUAUUCAUGACAAUGAAAAUGAGCCAUGUGAUCACCCCCAGGACAGCAGUGAAAGAUAGCGAAACUAUGGUGACCCACAAAAUAAUGGGAACCAAUACCCCCAAGAGAAUAGUAGAGGAAAACACCGCAACUACUCUCAAGGGAGUAGCUGAUAAUACCCCAGUUUUCCUGACAAAUGAAGUAGAAAGGAACAUCUUGACUUCUCCAAGGAAUGUAGUGGAAAAGAACACCCUGACUACCCCCGGAAGAGUGGAAAAUAACAGCUCAACCAAACCCUGGGGGCUAGUGGGGAAGAAAAACCCAACAACUCCCCAGGGAGCAGUCCUGGAGCACACCCCAGCCAUUUCUGAGGGGCGAGUGACGAUAAGCACCAAGCCAGCGGAAACUGAAGCCUCCACUGUCCCCUGGAGUGUUAGGAAUUCCUUACCCAGCACCAGCGUACCAACCAUCGGAAUAGCCUCAGCCACCUUCUGGGGGCUGGCGAAGAAAGCUUCCUUAGCACCCAGCACCUCAGUAACCCCCAGGGUCGGGGCAAAUCAGACCACCCAGGUCCAUCAUUGUGUGGCUGUGGAGCCAAUGCCUGCUGUACCCACCACCCCCUCCCCCAGCCUGACAACAGAGGAGCCCGGUCGCAGCCCCUCAGUGCCACCUUCCAGCCCCUCAGACCUCCACCCCAAGGCGGAGUACCCCCCGGACCUGUUCAGUGUGCAGGAGCGGCAGCAGGGCUGGGUGGUCUUGCACAUCUUCGGCAUGAUGUACGUGUUCAUGGCCUUGGCCAUCGUGUGUGACGAGUACUUUGUCCCAGCCCUGGGCGUCAUCACAGACAAGCUGCAGAUCUCUGAGGAUGUGGCAGGCGCCACGUUCAUGGCUGCUGGGGGCUCUGCCCCUGAGCUUUUCACCUCCCUCAUCGGUGUCUUCAUCUCCCACAGCAAUGUGGGCAUUGGCACCAUCGUGGGCUCCGCUGUGUUCAACAUCCUCUUUGUCAUCGGCACCUGUGCCCUCUUCUCCCGGGAGAUCCUUCGUCUCACCUGGUGGCCCUUGUUCCGUGACAUCUCCUUCUACAUCCUUGACCUGAUGAUGCUCAUCCUCUUCUUCCUAGACAGCUUCAUUGCCUGGUGGGAGAGCCUGUUGCUGCUGUUGGCCUAUGCCCUCUAUGUGUUCACCAUGAAAUGGAACAAGCAGCUCGAGCUCUGGGUGAAGGAGCAGCUCAGCCGGAGGCCCAUGGUCAAGGUCAUGGCCCUGGGGGACCUCAGCAAGCUGCCGUCCGUGCUGACCCGAGGGAGCAGCUCAGCCUCGUUGCACAACAGCACCAUCCGUACCACCAUCUACCAGCUCAUGAUCCACAGCCUGGACCCUCUGGGGGAAGCCCGCCCCUCCAAGGACAAGGAGGAGGAGAGCUUGAAUCAGGAGGCCAGAGCCAAGCCCCAGAUCAAAGCAGAAAGCAAAUCAGAAGAGGAGGAGCCAGCUGAGCUCCCUGCGGGCACGCACACUCCAGCCCCUGCUCCAGACGUCAGUGGAGAUCCGGAGGACAAUCCAGACAGCCAGGAACGAGAUGUGGCUGAAGCCAAGAGCACAGGUGAAAGGACAGGUGGAGAGGGUGAAACUCCUGGUGAAGGAGAAACUGGAGAGCCAAGUGGAGGUGAAACUCAACUCGAAAGUGGAACCGAAGCAGAAAGGCCAGCAGACCGUGGAAGCGACGGUGAUAUCCAGGCAAGGAAAGGUGAUGGAGGUGCAAGCGAAGGCCAGGAGUCCAGCGCUGGAACCGAAGGGGAUGAGACAGGCGCGGAUGGGGACGAGGGAGGCAACAGAGACGAGGAGGAGGAGGAGGAGGACGAAGAGGAGGAAGAGGCGGAGGAAAAUGAGGCGCCUCUGUCCUUGGAGUGGCCAGAGACCAGGCAGAAGCAGGCCAUCUACCUCUUCCUCCUGCCCAUCGUUGUCCCGCUGUGGCUGACGGUGCCUGACGUCCGCAGGCUGGAGUCUAGGCAGUUUUUUGUUCUCGCCUUCCUGGGAUCCAUCACGUGGAUAGCCGUGUUCUCAUACCUCAUGGUGUGGUGGGCGCACCAGGUUGGUGAAACCAUAGGGAUUUCUGAAGAGAUUAUGGGUUUGACAAUCCUAGCAGCAGGCACGUCGAUUCCUGACCUCAUCACCAGUGUGAUUGUCGCUCGGAAAGGCCUGGGAGACAUGGCUGUGUCCAGCUCUGUGGGCAGUAACAUAUUUGAUAUCACUGUGGGCUUGCCUGUUCCUUGGUUGCUUUUCUCUCUUAUCAAUGGAUUACUGCCUGUUCCAGUUAGCAGCAAUGGUUUGUUUUGUGCCAUUGUUUUGCUUUUUUUCAUGCUCCUAUUUGUGAUCUCUUCAAUUGCAUCCUGCAAAUGGAGAAUGAACAAGAUCCUGGGCUUCACAAUGUUCCUCCUUUACUUCGUAUUCCUGAUAAUCAGUGUGAUGUUAGAAGACAGAAUUAUAUCCUGUCCUGUAUUUAUGUGAGUCAGAGUAAGUGUUGUGUACAAUGGACAUAGGUCAGAAGACCAUGCCAGAAGUUCCUGCACCUCUUGUCACGUUAAUGAAAGAACAGGAUCCAGACGAGUGACCCAGAGCCUCUGAUGGGAAUGUGAUCCGGGACUGCACUUUCUCCUUGGAAACACCUGGCGGCUCAUUGUGGAUUAAGGACCUCCCCUUUGGAGGGGUGGGGUUCCUCCCCUGACAAAUGCAGACCUCCAUUAUGUGGGGCCAGUAAAGGGACCCCUGCAGCCAUAGGAUUUUCUAAAUGAGAGCUAUUUGGGGCUGAGGGCUGGGAUAGUCGCGGCAGCAGUAAGACAAGCCCUCUUGCUCCCCGUCCCUCGAUCACUGAUGAAGAGCCGAUGAUCCCAAAGAUGCAGGCAUGGUCUGCAGCUCACCCUCCUGGCCCCUGCCCCAAGCAUGUGUUGCUGUUUGCACUACAGCUUCAGUUAUUGGUGAGUUUAAGACGCUAUGGCUACAGGAAAAAAGGAAGUAUAACAGGAAUCAAUUGUCAUUCCACAUCCUGGUCCAGUAAAAUGUGUACCAGUAUUUUCUAGCUUAAAAGGACAUUAGCUCUUACUGUUGCAUAUCUGAAAUGUGAGAUUAGAACAGGAAGCGGCCCGAGAAAUGAACAUUUAUGACUGUCCUUGAAGGAAGGAGUGAAGAAGAGGGGAGGAAAACGACUCGAGAGGCAAUUAAAAACUAGGCACUUAUUAGAAAAUACAGGUUAAUACUGUCUCCAUCAAGUGGUCACCUUGAGGGAUUAGACUUCCAUCAGAGCUGCCCUGGCCCUGCCACUCCAACAGGCUCUCGCUCAGCAGUGACCGUUCUUCCCACUUGUGAGCGAGAAGGGAAGUAAUUCUCAAGAGUCCAGAGUCAGUUGAGCUCAAUCAAGUUGAUAAGGUAGAAGAUCCAGUGGGGCGAUGCAAUUUUUAAUGUCAACCUAGAUAAGAUUAUACAGCAAGGAGACUGAUUUUCUUGUGUGCCUUACAAGUGGAUCUUAAGGCAAUUACAACAGAGAAAAUCCAAAAACACCUAACACAAUGACAGCGUGCUGGGAAAAGGGUACUAAGGCCUCCUCCCAAGGUCGCUAGUGUGAAGGACACUUGUGUUUUUAAAAAUUGUGUUGUUAUUUACACAUUUUAUGAGGAAUUUCAUGUGCUUUUAAAUACCACUUCCUGCUGCUUUUAACAGCAUCAUAUUAGGGGCUCACUAGAAAUGAAACAGUACACACAACUCAUGUCGCUGAGGUUACAGCCACAGGAGUCCAGGUGACGGCAGACUGUGACGGUAAACAUGGCUCUAAGACAAACAUGAGAAGUGAGUCACUGAAGACUGGAGAACAGCAGGACAGAUGAGAUGUGAUGGAAAAACAAAACAAAACAAACUUUUAGUGUUGAAGGGCUGUUCGGAGAACUCUGGUCCCAGUGGGAACACAGUGAGGCUUUCAAGUCAUAAUCUAUCUUUUAAGAUCAGCUGGUUAAUUUAAUUAAGGGUCUCACUACCCCAGAAUUUUCCUAUUCUUUGGAAAUAAUUUUUGUUAAAAUUCAACAAAUUGAACUCAUCCCUGUUGUUAGGUUUUCUUCAAGAGAAGACUGAUGCAGAAUAUGGAAUCGUGUUUAAAUUCCAUAUUCAUAAAUUAUCUUCAUUCUUGAUGCUGCUGCCCUGCCAGGUCCCCACAUGCCAUCGCCCAAGAACAGGAGGAGAGAACAAUGUCUGCGGAAGCCAGAUCCCAACACCAAAACUCUGGCCAGCAACUAGUGUCUGCGGCCAAUUCUAGCUCGACUUGGGGAAUGUCCUGCCUCCUCACAGCGAGGGAUCUGACACUCUGCCCCAGACCAACUGAGUGAGGGGUGAUGGACAGUGAAAUGCUCAGUAAUGAUAAAGUGCUGAAAAUUCAUUUAAUGAUUAAAAACCCAAAAAACCAAACCUGUUGCCAUUGAGUCAAUUCUAACUCCUAGUGACCCUAUAGGACAGAGUAGAAUGCCCCAUAGGGUUUCCAAGGCUGUCAUCUUUACAGAAGCAGACUGCCACAUCUUUCUGCUGCAGAACGGCUGGUCGGUUUGAACUGCUAACCUUUCAGUUAGCAGCCGAGCACUCAACCACUAAGCUACCAGGGCUCCAUUUAAUGAUUAAAGCCAACUCUAACGAUCUAACAUCACUCUCCCGAUCAGUUUGCUGAGUUUCUGCCAUUCCUCUUUGCCUAGAAAGGAAGUUCUGAUCACUUUACACUGUGACAGAAAGGGACAAGUACAUGAAAUGAAAGCUGGGUCUUGAUGGAUGAGUAGGAAUGCACUGGUGAAGGAAGAGGAGAAGAUUUCAGGGAGAUGGAAACUUACGUGGUAUCUAAGAGAUCAAUUUGCUAUGUUUGGAAAUUAAAAUUUUUGUCAUACACUUAUAAAUCUACUAUAACUUAUUAUAAAUUAUGCUGUUUUAGAGGUAAAGUAUCAUCUUAAAAUGUCAAGAUAGUAUUGAGAUGGUCCUCUCAUUUAAUAGGCCAAAUGACCUUUACAGUUGCCUGGGACAAAUUCCAGGCCAUACAUUCAGUCUAGAAAUUCUGAACUGUACCACGUGGGCGUCUGAAUUGGAAGACGCAGCUGCAUGGAUGACUUCUCCUUUAUCCCCCGAGAGCUGCAUGUCCUUGGUGGCCCUGGUAAUAGGUUUGGCCCAGAUUUCUAAAAAAUGUGAAACUCUCCCUCAUUUAAAGGGUUAAGAUUCUAUAUAGUACCAGAAAAAAGCUACAGAUUCCAAAUUUUUGAAAAUUGGUAUGUUUAAAUGGUUACUAUACAUUUUGCACAUUGCACUUCAUCAAGAAAUCUGCAAACGGUUUAUCAGAUUAUAGGCUUAGUCUUGUAUGACAUUGCCUAUAUCAGACUUAUCCUUUAUUUAAAGAUGCAGUACCAAAGGGGGCAGGAGCUGGAAUUUCACGUUUAGGGCACAGCCUGAAGGAUACAUGAGCAGGACUUACAUGCCGAGGAAUACCCUUGGUUCUGACCCUUGUUUGUGUCCCAAGGGUCCCUCUGCAGGUGCAACCUGCAAUAUGUUCAGACACUGGCAGCCACAGCAGUGCCAAGAGAGGGCUGAGGAGCAGGGCUGCCCAUCCGUGGGGCACCACUGGAGCCCGGUACGGCGACCUGGUCUAAGCCUUCCUGCACAACCAAAGGCGCGCUUCUGGUCUUCAGGCCCUUCCCUGUGAUGAGGAGCAAAACCUGGAGAACUUCACUGACAGACUGCUCCGUCAGUUGCUCCAGUGGUUUUAGCACAGUGCUACGUUUGAAAAGAAAAUUUUUAAAUACAAAAGGAAGGAGCUAGCCAAAUGAACAGGAACUCUGGGAAGGCAGCAAGAACUUGAUCAGAAGAGUCUGUUACCAUAUCAGAGUAUAAGCACAUGUGCUCGGACUCUGUGAAUUGGAGAUAAAAACUCCUACAUUAAUGCAUGCACUGAUGAUUUUGUAAACGUACAUACUAAGCCAGCAAAUGUGCUGACUCUGAGGCCAGAGGAAGAGGGCAGUAGGAAGGGGCCAUGAGAAGACACCACGUACUGAGGAUGUCAAGGGAAGCUGGGAUGCAGCUGCUAGGCUAAAGAGAAGUUCAGUCCUGAAAUAAAGCUUACCCUUGCACUCAAGCAGGAAGGGGCACAGCAUGCUAACUUCACCAUAAAGACCAAUGGCCCUCUCAAAAAGACAGCUUGCUCUUGUCUUUCCUGGUCUGAGAUACAGAGCCUAAUAACAGCUUUCAAGUUCUAGUGGGAAAAAUAAAAAUAAAGCUGGACUACUGCACAUUAUCAAACGAAUGGGUAUUUUCACACCAUAUACUCACGAGGUAUUUAGAAACACAACUUCUAUAAACAGCAGGCUAAUACUUGGUAACUGUACUAAUGUAUCAUAGUAAUUACCAGCAUAAAGUAAAAACAAGUAUUUAUCACUUAAAAUGUUGAAAUGGUAUUUUCAGGAGGCAUUUCCCUGUAUUAAAAAAUGGGAAUACAUAUUAGAAAACCUUAUAAAAAGAUGGUGGUGUUUAGUUUUAAAGCAAGAAAAUGCCCGCAACCCCCAAAGAAAGACAAAAAUCAGAAGAUGACGGGCUACAAUUUUGUAAUUCCCUAUCUGGGAAUAGGAGGGGGAGCUGAAUAUUUGGAAUAUGAUACAGAAUACUAACGUGUGACAUUCAAAACAUAAUGGAGGAAGCAGUAAACAAAUUAUACCAGCACACAGCGUGGUUUAUUUUAACAAUUUAAACAUAUAAACAAAACUAAGAGGAAGAAAACAAGAAAUAAGGGAGUAAAAGAGCGUUUCUCUCCAACACGAUUGGCCACGAUUCUCCAAAAUGAACGGCCAACAGAGAAAACUGAAGAGAAGUUCGUGUAGGAUUAUUUCAAAGGAUGAUCCACAUUUUCUUCUGAG